CUCUGAAGUUUAGCCUGUCUCCUCAGCAGUGGAGCAGCCUUACACAACAUAACUGCAGCAGAAACUGGGAACCUGACACAAGACCUACAACCUUAACCUCUGCACCAAAAGAAAUCUAACAAACCACUUCAGAAAUGGAAGAUCAUCUUAACUAUAACAAGCACCAAGCGUACUGCCACAACUGCAUAGAAUCUGGGAAAAGUAGCAACAGCAUAAAGGUCAGAAAGAUGUCUACCUCAAGGCAGCUACUGGUCUUCACCAUCGCCCUGACAGUCUACAUUGUAGAUGUGGCCAAUUCUAUAGCUUCAGCUGAAACGCUAUGUGGCGGCGAACUGGUCGACACACUACAGUUCGUUUGUGGUGACAGAGGCUUUUAUUUCAGCAAGCCACCAAGCAGAUCAAACAUCCGAAGGUCACAAAAAGGAAUUGUAGAAGUGUGCUGUUACAGUAGCUGUGAUCUGAGACUUCUGGAAAUGUACUGUGCAAAACCUGCCAAGUCAGAACGAGAUGUGUCCUCCACGCAAUUCCAAGUCAUCCCAUUAGCAUUAAACAAGGAUGUCUCAAAGAAGCCAAUCAUUGCCAAGUAUUCUAAGUAUGAAUUGUGGCAGAAAAAGGCUGCCCAAAGGCUGAGACGAGGUGUCCCAUCCAUCCUGAAAGCCAGAAAGUUUCGGCGGCAUGCUGAAGAAAUCAAGGCCCUGGAGCAGACCAGAUUUCACAGGCCUCUCAUCACCCUCCCAAGCAAACAGCCUGUUACAGUUAAACCUUUGACAGAGAACUACACCAGCGAGAAAUGAGUUUGGAUUUUGUUUGCACAACGGGAGAUAAAAAGACUAGGGGAUUAUAGCUUUGUUAUUGGCGUCCUUUCUGUGGCAUUCUUCAUGUACCCCCACCCCCCCCCUCCCCCCUCCCCCCCCGCCCCACGCACACAAUC